ACUGAGUUUUGGAUAGUCUAUGUUCUAUGCUGCUUGAGUGAAUAUUUUUCAUUUAACUAAGAUCUUGUUUUGCAGGGUAUGCGUCAUGGCUCUUAUGAUAAAUUGGAUGAUGAUGGCCUCGCACCUCCUGGUAUGAGAGUUUCAGGCGAGGAUGUGAUUAUUGGAAAGACCACUCCCAUUGCUCAGGAUGAAGCUCAGGGACUAGCUUCACGUUAUUCACGGCGUGAUCAUAGCAUAAGCCUGCGGCAUAGUGAAACUGGAAUUGUUGAUCAAGUUCUACUGACAACAAAUGCUGAUGGGCUAAGGUUUGUGAAAGUAAGGGUGAGAUCCGUUAGAAUUCCUCAGAUUGGGGAUAAAUUUAGCAGUUGGCAUGGGCAAAAGGGAACAGUGGGCAUGACAUACACUCAAGAAGACAUGCCGUGGACCAUAGAAGGAGAUGCUACUCCCUUUAUAGACUUCCACAACUGUUACGGAAAUUUCGUUAUCAAUGCUCAUCUUCUCUCUAGCUUUUAAAGUGUCAUUAUUUAGAUUUAGGA